AUGAAGCUGGUGUUUGAUUGCUGGUACAGAGCCACAGGCAGUGUUUAUGGGCAGCAAGCGUGGGAUAGGGGAUACCGCCAAGUUAUUGCCGAGAUCGAUAGCCAGUGCUCCCGAUUCAAAAUAAAUUUUGAUCUUAUGAUGUCACUGAUGAUGGGAUCAAGAUACCGCAACUUGUUCAAUAUUGGUCUUAACUAUCAUGCUGGCUAUGAUAGCUACGCGCAAAUAAAGGAGUCCAAGCUCGUUUUAAAAGCAUCAGCUCGCAAAGGCCAUCUUUUCCUUAUGGGCUUUAGCUGGCAACUUGACGUCAGUGGCCAGCCCAAUAUCCUUCAGAAGCCCAACUACGUACCAAGUCAUAUCGAUUUGCCACCACUCAAGCCCGUGUCUAGCUGA